AUGGUAGCUGAAAUUAAUGCGAUACGACUUAAAGUUCGUACAGGAAAAAGUAGAAAAGUGAAAGUAUAUUUGCAGGACGAUGGUUCACUUCUUCCGACGUGUUCGAUCUUCAAGAGCUGCACUAUUCGUUCUCGCUGCUGUAGUACUGGUUCAUGCUCACCAACAAGCUGCAAGGAAAAUGAAUUUAGGUGCAGCUCUUUGAAGUGCAUUUCCAAGGACUUGACAUGUGACGGAGAGAAUGACUGUGGUGACUUUAGCGAUGAGAUCAAUUGCACCUAUCUCGGCAAAUGUAAUGUUAACGAAUUUGAGUGCUCUGACAGAAGCUGUAUCUCAUCCACACUCGUUUGCAAUGGCAAAUUCGAGUGUCCACGGGGACUCGACGAAACGAACUGCGAGUCAGAGACUACAGCUCCAACAACACCUUCAUUUGAGCAACUAGGAAUCCUUUACACAGCAGAAGGGAAGGUUAAGUCCUUCCCAGUUUUCGACAAAUCACUUGGAAUCAGCCUUUAUCUUCGCUUCACCGCACACAAAUGCUCCGGGAAUUUAUUCCAGAUGACCAGUCAAAACACAGAUCAGUUUUUUCUACUUUCUCUAACCGGGGAUGGAAAUAUAGAAUUCCUCUUUAAGACGUCAUCGGGUCCAGGAAUGGUUAUCAUACCCCCUCCCCCUGGGGACUCGUUUUGUAAUGGCAAGAGACACCUGUUGGUCUUGCGGCGAUAUUUAGACGAAUUGCGCUACCGAGUGAACCGAAGAAGACGCGUCACCAAGAGGAUUGGGCUCCUAAGAGAGCYUUUCUCAAGACCUUUUAGAGUGUAUGUUGGGACGACGUUGGAGGGCUGUGUAUCUGGCAUUGACGUUAUCUUUUAUGACACACGAUCUAAGACGUAUUCUGUGGGUUUUUCUAAAGGCUGCGCAAAGACACCAGAGAAAACAACACCGUCACCUCCUCCUGACACAACCGCAAAGUUUACACAAAGUUUCACAACGCCAUCCUUACGCACCAGAAACAGAAACGAAUCCGUAAUUCACACGUCACUUACCUCGGACUUUUCAACGCAAGGCCAUCUUACUGAGGAGGCCAGUCCUAACGGUAAAAACACGCAAGGAAAUACUGCAUCUGUCACGCAAAAUGACCGAGUAACGCAUUCGCUUCCAGUGACGAUACCAGCUUCCCCGAGUGGUACGGUUUACACUUCUCAAGGCGCACAUGCACAAUCUUCUAAAGUAGUCACACAAUCUCAAGGCACCCGUUCGCAAACACCCAGUGUCACGCAAUCUGAUGAUGUCUUGGAUCCUUACUUCAUUGGUGAAGGUGAAAGUACAGUUUCCUUGCAUACCACCCAUGCCACUAGUCCGAGUACUUCGUCUACUUCCGAUCCAAAAGGGUUAACGGAGUCAAAUUAUGUCACGCAUUCCACUUCCACGGAAGAUUCUUCGACUGUAACAACAACAAGAAGUGACAUUAAGGAUACAGCCCCAUCAGUUACAAUCAACUCAUUUUUUCAAACCACCACAAAGAAACUGCCCAAAUAUGAAAGAUGUGAGCCGUUACGAUCACGAUACUGUACUUACAUGGGCUACAAUCAAACACGCCUGCCAACUCGAGCAGGUUAUAGAGACCAACUUAAAGCAGAGAAACAAAUGAGCCGCUUUCUGCCAUUCAUACGCGCAAACUGUUCGCGCUUUUUGAGGGACUUAAUCUGCGUCACCUAUCUUACUCCUUGUUAUAAUCCUCACUCUCCUAGAGUCCAACCAUGUCGAGAGCUUUGCUCAAGGUCAAAACACGAGUGCGCUUCGCUGAUGAAAGCGUUCGAGUUUGAUUGGCCUGAACACUUGGACUGUGAAAAAUUUCCAAGCAGUGAAAAUGGAAAGUGUGUCAUGGCGCAUGAUACUGGGGUGCCUGUUAUGCCUACACAAGUAACACAACACAUAAAAAAUCCAGGUUGUGGAGGAAUCUUAAACCGUCCCACUGGUGUCAUUAAAACUCCGCAUUUCCCUGACCCGUAUCCUUCCAAUACUCUGUGUAAGUGGGCCAUCAUCUUACCCAAGGUCUAUCACGUGAUAGAUAUUAUUUUGGAAGAGGUGUCGUUGGAGGCUGAUGUCAACUGUGGUUAUGAUUAUCUAUUAUUCUUGGACGGUUUGUCCAAUCAAGUUGGUUCAAGGAUCUGCGGAUUUCUUGCCUAUCCUCGCGUAAUCACUGUCAAAGGGAACAUAGCGUCUAUCGUGUUUAGAUCAGACUCAGCUCUCAACAAAAAAGGCGUUCUCAUCAAAUAUACCGCACAUUCUUACCCCUAGUGUCCGUUCUUCUCAUGCAGUGGAGAUGACGUCAAGUUGGUCACACUAUAUUGAACAAGUCACGCAACCACAGGGCCAUAACGUGGAGGGACUUACACAGAUAGGACGUCAUGCUCAAAGCAAAAAAAUUCUUCCUUAUUGUUUAACGCUGGUACAGAGAACUGACAAUUUAAGUAUCUUUUUAUUUCAUCGAGUAAAACUAGUUACAUUCUGUGUAUGUAAAAGGGCAAAGAACAAGAAGUUAUUUUUGCGCGCGUCUGCGCACUGACGUUGUGCAUAUUUACGUAUACCGCCACUAUUGUUGUUUGUUUGCUGGAAUUCCUUCACGCGCACGCAUAACCUUUCCAGCCAUCACGUCCUCUCACAACGAUUCAAUGGUAUCUUUUUUGCUUAAAUAAAAAAAAUACAGCUGAUCCAAUAAUUUGACAUUUAUUGAAGACUUGUGAGAAUUUCCUUCCCAAGAGCAAGAUAAGCUCUAAUGUUUAGUGAAGGAAUAUUUCAGUAUUAAAUAUACUUUACAAAAUUCUAUAAAAAUUUGAAAAAUAGUGAAA